CUACCACUCUAUAAAAGGAGCCCACAUCACCUCAUAAUAGAGCAAUCCCUCUCCACAAGGAUCAGAUAGAUUCCUCCCACUAACCAACAAAGCCUAAUUAUUGAACCCUAAGAAACCAGUAUCAAACUUGGUUCUGUUGUGUGUGGUUCACAGACACCACAAACACUUUCAACUCAUGAAAGCCCUCAUAAGCAGUUCUUGUUCCAAGGCCAUAGUUGGGAGCCUUGGAUCACAUAUUUAUCAUAGGAGAGGUGGUGGUGGUGUUGUUGCUGCUCAUGUUCCUGGGAGAGUUGAGUUCUGCUUCUCACUGAGAUCAAGAAAUGACAAAAGGGGCUGCAGCUUUUGGUUCCUUAAGACAAAGGGUGUAACCCCAAUUCAUUCAGUGCCACCAAAAACUGAGGUGGAAUUGGAACCAUCAAAGCCAGAUUUGGAAACUGUAGAGCCUCAAGUUCAAAAAAGUGAACAAACAAAUGAAUCAAAGUUUGUACAUGUAACAUUUCAGUUGCAAAAGGAUUGCUUCUUUGGCGAACAGUUUCUCUUAGUUGGAGAAGAUCCUAUGCUUGGUUCUUGGGACCCUUUAGAGGGAUUACCAAUGGCCUGGUCUGAUGGGCAUGUAUGGACUGCGAAUCUGGUUUGUACUGAAACGAAAAGCAGGGAAGAUUGUGUGGCAACCGGGCAUGAAUCGAAUCAUCAACAUUUCAGAAAAUAUGAAUAGAAUAAUUGUUAGUGAGGAUUGGGAGAAGGCUGAACUUCAGGAAAUAAUAGAGGAAGAUCAAAUUGCUCAAUCAGAUGAGGAACUUCAAGUUGUCUCAGAAACAUCUAAUUUAGCUGAAAAUUCAGAUAUUCCUAAAGAGGAACUUGUUUCCGGCUUGUCCGAAGCAUCAGACCUUGAAGCUAACCAAAGCCAAACUCAUGAUGCAGAGAAUCCAAUUACUGAAGAACCUGAGGUGCAGAAAGAACCUGAGGUGCAGAAACCCAGCAGUGAUAGUAUUUCUUACUCAACGGAGAUGCCAUUGGCUAUUGUUGCAGAAAACAUAGGUUCUUUUGAGGAUUCCAGCAACAAUACAAGCUAUGAGAACAAUUUAAGCAAUAUUCAACUGAAUGAACAAUCUGCAGAUGGUUCCACAAAUGGACAUAUAAGUAUAAUGCAUAAUCUGGUGGACAAUGGAAAUGCUGAACCACUAAUGAAUCAGGAGGCAACAGUUACGGAGAGUAAAUUAUUCGAGUUAGAACGAGGUCCUGUUCUUGUACCUGGUUUAGAGUUGCCUUUUGAAGAAGAAGGUCCUGAUGUUGUCGUUCAAGAAAGGAUUACAAUGGAAACUUCAAGUGAAACUUUUGAAUCUAAGGAUGAUGAAGUUCAAGAAAGGACUACCAUGAUAACUUCAAGUGAAGCUUUUGAGCCUAUGGAUCAGAAUAAACCAGAGUUCAGUAAGGAGCAAGGAUCCAACAACGGUGCAACCCAAGAGAUAAUUGCAACAAUCAAGGACGAGCCACGUCACCAUUACAAUGAACAUGAGCAGCAUUUUCAUCUAGCACCGUCGAUGGAGGAAAGAUCGAAUCCCCAGACACAUAAUGAUGACGAUGAUGGUAAUGUCUUGCAAAACGACAUCCAAUGGGGACGUGAAACAGUAAAGAAGUUUCUAACAAAACUUGGGUUGAUUUGAUUUGAUUUGAAUGUGUGAAACUUUACAGAAGAACCAGUAGAAGUAGAAGUAGAAGGAAGAACUUCCCUGGAACUCAUCAUGAGUUGUGUGAUUGUUAUGAUCCAUUUGCCUAGAUUUUUGUUGUCCUGGGAAAGAUGGAUAGGAGCUCAAGAAGUUUGUUGAUGAUGGCUUGUUGAUUGUGUCUAAAUACCUAUUAUCAAGGUAUCAACUACUCUCGAUUUCACUCGUAAACUCAAACUCGAACGAGUUUAUGAGUUUAGGUAUCCAAAUCGAGUUCAUGAUUUUACCAGUAAACUCUACUGAGUUUAGAUAAACUAUCGGAUUUGAUUACCUCGCCAUAUUGUCUGUUGAAGACAACGCUGCUGCUGUUGUAUAAUAUGUUGUCAUAUUUAGCUGUAUAAUGUAUCAUAUAUCAUUCAAUUCAGUUUUGGCCACUUUUUGUAUAUAGAACUAGCAUGCUAGGAGUUUCAUUUGCAAUAGAGAGAGCUUUUGUUAUGUAUACCACAGAACAUAUUUGUAGUUCUAUAAUUAUCUGUUGUAAUAAAAUCUAUGCUUUUUUUAUGUUUUC